GCAAAUCCAGCCAGAGACUGAUUCUGAGCAGCAGUUCUGCCUGGCACUGACUCACUGGCUCUGCCAUGCCCGCGCCACUGUUCCCACUGCUGCUUCGAUUGCUGCUGUCCCGUCUGCUGCUGCCUGUCGCCCGCCUGGCCCGCCAGUACCUCCUGCCCCUGCUGCGCCGAUUGGCCCGCCGCCUGGGCUCCCAGGACAUGCGAGACGCUUUGCUGGGCUGUCUGCUGUUCAUUCUCAGCCAGCAACACUCGCCAGACGCUGGGGAGGCCUCAAGAGUGGACCGCCUGGAAAGGAGGGAGAGGUUAGGCCCCCAGAAGUGAGGCCACGAGUCCUGGCAGCAGCUGAAUCCACAAAAUGCUUUCUUCUGGAGGAGGAUAAUCCUGGCACCAGCACUGACCGAAGCCUGCCCAGUGGACAGAAGAUAUAGUGAAGGUUGUGCAUGAGAUGGAUCUGCCACAGAUAUGCCUCUCCACUCCCAACAGAAAUGUCUUUCUGGAAGAAUGCCUUGCAUCUAGCACGAAUUGAUCAUUGCCCCUCUGUCCUCCAGCAGUUCCUCCCAAAGACCACUCCUAAUCACCUCUGGCCUCAGGUGGGAGGGGAACUAACACCCACCCACCCCUGCCAUCCCUGCAAAUGAGAACAUCAAGGUUCCCAAUGCUUAACUGAGGGACAAAUGACAAUUUAGCAGAGAGGAAAGAUUUGAAUCCAGACUGUCUUCCAGACUCAGGACCUACCUUAAAAUAAUAUCUGAGUUCCCUAUGGAGGCAGACCUGCCUGCACAGCCCAGCACUCAGCAAGUGCUCAAUAAAUAUUUGAUUUGAAUUAUU